AUGGCAACAGCUCUGCCAACAUUCCCUUCCUUCGAUCCCAACGCGGACCAGGGAGCACCCGGCGUCAGAUUUAAGAAAUACAUCGCUCGUUUUCGAAAUUUGAUAGUCGCUACAGACAUCGAUGAUCCCAAACGUCAAAAGGCGCUCCUGUUACACUACAUCGGUGAAGAAGUUAAUGAUAUCUUUGAAACACUCACAGUCAGUGAACCGGCUGAAGAAGAAACAGUUCUAGACGUCACAAUUAAAGCACUAUCUGAAUACUUUACACCAAAGCAAAACCCUGUAUUCGAAGAAUAUAAAUUUCGCAACGCCAAACAAACCAACGACGAAGCUCUUAUGACGUACUAUACACGACUCAAACAACUUUCCCUCACCUGUGAAUUUCACGAUGCCGAUCGCGAAAUCAAAUCUCAGAUCAUCCAACACGGCCGCUCGCAACGACUUCGACGAAAAGCUUUAAUCGAUCCAACUAUAACCCUGGCAAAACUUCUAGAAAUGGGUAAAGCGGCGGAGCUAGCCGACUCGCAAGCAGCGAACUUAGAACGAACAGAGAACGUCAGCCAUUUCACAACUGGAAGAAGCAAAAACCACAACAAAGCACGCUUCCAAUCCCGGAGCCCCGGUACCAGGGUGAAAUGUCGUAAUUGUGGAGGCACAUACCCGCAUGAAGGCGGAAAAACUGCUUGCCCAGCAUACGGAAAGGAAUGUCGCUCCUGUGGAAAACUUAACCACUUACAGUCCGUAUGUCUCCAAGACAGACAAUGUUCAAACCCCACCAACCCACGUCAGCGACGCUACCCGCAAACAGCCGAACGACAGGACGUCCGAGCGAUGGACAACACCGCAGAAACUGACUACAGCGAUGACAGCGACGAAGUUGGCGUGUUCCGAAUCAACGUCUACAACAUGACUUCGGAUCGCAACAAACACCCAUUAUUUGACGUCACCAUUGAGGGAACACUGCUGACCAUAAUGGCAGACUCUGGUUCCAGUAUCAAUAUUCUGGAUGAGCAGGAUUACAACAAGCUCUCCCCACGACCGAGUUUGGAGCAAACACGCGUCAAAGUUCAUCCUUACCAGACCGAGACACCCCUACCCGUCCUUGGGCAAUUUACCUCCACCGUCGCAUCGGAAACAGUCAACCGUACAGAGACAUUCUAUGUUGUGAAAGAAACCAGUGGGUCAUUGCUUAGCUGGCGCACUUCUACCGACCUGCAGCUACUCAAAGUCGUAAAGCCCAUUACACAUCAAAACCUUCCCACCGUUGAACAGCUCACCACCCAAUACCAGGACUUGUUCCAAGAACUCGGCAAGUUGAAAGAUUACCAGGUUCAGCUUCAUAUUGACGAAGGUGUACCACCAGUUGCCCAACCACACCGACGCGUGCCGUUCCAUGUGCGCAAACAACUUUAG